AUGAAGAGUCCACGUUAUAGUGUGCGGCCAUCUGCCACUGACGAUAAAAGUAUUCACGCAAAUAUGGGUGCAUUGAUAUGGGUGCUGGUGGGCGCAGUGGUCUUUGUCGAGUGUGUAACGUCCACUGCAGUGCCUGGCGUGGUGCGGUUUGCUGUCAUAGCACCAUUGAAAUCCAGUAAGAGCGAAGAGACCUUGGGCGCCAUAUUGCCAUCCGUAGACUUGGCGGCACAAGCGAUAGCUCAACCCAAAGGAUCGCUGCCUGGAUGGAAAAUACUAAUCGAAAGCAGAAAUGGAAACUGUUCAUCUACCGAUGGCCCACUGGCCGCAUUUGAUUUACACACUAACAGUGAUCUGUUCCUGGGACCGGUGUGCGACUACGUGAUUGCGCCCGUGGCGAGGUACGCGGGCGUGUGGAAGAUACCGGUGCUGACCGCUGGCGGGCUGGUCAAGAACUUCGACGACCGGGAAGAGUACCCGACUCUGACCAGGAUGAUGGGCUCGUACAAGCUGGUCGGCGAAGCCUUCCUGCACAUACUGCACAGGUUCGGCUGGAACGUGGUCGGUAUGCUGUACUACAACCACGGUAUCAAAUCUCUGCAUGUGGGCAACUCCAAGUGCUUUUUCACGCUGUCUGCCGUGUACAUUGCUCUGGGGAUGAAGCCCAUCUACAAGAGCUUUUACGAUACCGACGGCAGAGAAUCGUUCAAAACGCUGCUCACCGAAAUGUCGCGCACCGCACGAAUUAUGGUGGUGUGUGCCAAUCCGUUAACGGUCAGGGAAAUAAUGUUGGCCGCCGAUGAACUCAACAUGAUUGAUAGUGGAGAAUACGUGUUUUUCAACAUUGAGCUUGAGCUGUUCAGCAGCCUGAACAACGGAUCCUUGAUGCCGUGGUACGUGGGCAACGACACAGCGGAGCGGAACGAGCGGGCGAAAAACGCGUACAGCGCACUGCUCACGGUGACGGCACGUGAGCCCAACCACGAAGCGUAUCGCAACUUUUCCGUCGAGGUGAAACGCGUGGCGGAGGAAAAGUACAACUACACGUUUGGCAACGAGUCCGUUUCGACGUUUGUGACAGCGUUCUACGACGCUGUGUUGCUGUACGGGCUGGCCCUCAACGAGACGCUGGCCAGGGGAGGCAACCAGUCCGACGGGAUGGCCAUCGUCAAGGCCAUGUGGAACAAGACGUUUACCGGCAUCACGGGCGACGUCAAUAUCGACUCGAACGGCGACCGGAUCGCCGAUUAUUCGUUGCUAGACAUGGACCCCGAGACCCACAAAUUCAAGAUAGUGGCGAACUAUAUCGGAAAAAAUCAAUCGUUAGAAUACGUGUCGGGCAUGAGCAUCCACUGGGCCGGUGGCAGAACGAGCCCACCACUGGAUAAACCAGAAUGUGGAUUUGACAAUUCUCUCUGCGAAACAAUACCUGGUUAUGCGAUACUCAGUAUAGUCCUCAGUUCAGUUGUAGUGAUCCUAGCAAUAGCUUCAGCUCUAAUAUACAGACAUUAUAAACUUGAAGCUGAAAUUGCGUCUAUGACGUGGAAAGUCAAUUACAACGACAUCAUAAGAGUGCCGCAAGAAAAAUGGAGAACGAGUAUGGCAAGUCUCAUUAGAAGAAACAGCCAAAGGACCGUUAUAUCAGAUGACCUCAUGAGCCUCAUGAGCCAAUGUGACUACGGACGCCAAAUAUUCAUUCAAACGGCAUUUUACAAAGUCAGUACCUAG